UCGUGCCACAACCUCUCUUGUCGGCUUGUCAACGGCACGCGACGCGCCGCAUCCAUCUGCUAUUUAUCUGCUGUCUGGCGAGGGCAAACAACAACAACAACAACAACAAACAAACGGACGAUAUCAACCUCCAACUCGGGGACACGAAAGUGGGGAGUCUGUCUCGGCCGAAACGCGGCGAAGAGUGAGGCUGACUUCGGGUCGGCGCCCUUUUCUCAACUCUUACAAAGUGAAUGGCCUAAGCAGAGAGAGACACGGAGAUGAGCUGGGCCGAGGAGGACUGGACCGCGGGCCUGUCGGGACGGGUUCUGCAAAAAGUGAAGGAGCUGCAGGCCCACCAGGAGCGUCUGUCCAGAGAGAACAAGCAGAAGCAGCUGAAGCUGGACAACAUCCACGUUAGCCACAACAAGCAAAGUGUGAAGUACGAGGAUGUGCGUGGGGAGCUCCAGGCGGUGCGCAGGGAGCUCCAGAGUGUCCAGGAGGCUGCCCAGCUGGCCGAAACUGGCGGUCAGCGCCUCACCCAAGAGCUUCAGACCAAACAGGCCCAAGUGUGCUCCUUGGAGGGCCAGCUCGAUGCCGCCCGGACACUCAACAACAAGCUCACCCAGGAAGUUAAACGACUGGAGGCAGAACUAGAGAAGUUGCAGAACAGCAACAGGUCUGCAGACAACACUCCUUUCUCCACACCCUGCUGGAGUACAAGCUCACCGAAGGAACACCAUGGGAGCCGAAAGGAUGAGAGGACGGGGCAGAGAGAGGAAUCGCAGCGCUCACUACACACCCAACGGCUCCAGUUCUCAGACGCCUCCAGUCCCUCGUUGCCGCGGCAACUCAAGACCCCGCCCCGCAGCCACCCGUCCGACCAAUCGGACUCUUUCGCCGCUCCCUCGGCUGUUUUUCCGUGGGAGCGGGACGACCCCAGGCCAGCGGCCAGGAGGCCAUCUCCGUCUUCUCCCCUGACACCCGGUGCUGACCACCAGUCAAAGCAGGAGGCGCCUGAGAGGGAGAAAGAACUCUGCACACAAGCAGACACGUCGUCGUUACAAAUGAGGCAUCAUGCGGCGUCUCUGGAGGAACAGUUGAGUGUGAAGACGGAGACGCUGAAGUCACUUCAGUUUGAAAUGGCGCAGGGCAAGAAGAAGAUGGCCGCCACAGAGCUCAGCCUGCAGAGGGCGCACAACGAACUUAGCGUGGCGCACACGCGAAUCACUCAGGAGAGCGAACGGGCGUUGGGAGCUGAGCAGAGGCUCAAGCAGCUUCAAGAGGAGCUCAAGUGUCAGCGGCAGAAUGCAGAGAGCAGUCGACUGCAUCACCAACAGCGCACGAAGGAGCUGGACCAGCAACAUCAGAGGGACCUGCUGGAGCUUCAGAAGGAGAAGCAGUGCGUGGAAAAGCAGCAUCAACAGGAAGUAAAUCAACUCAACCGGGAGCUGCAGCAGGCCAGGACACUUCACAAUGCCCUGCAGGCCCAGGCGGACAAGCUGUCUCAGCAGAAGCAAGUGCUGGACAAAGAGUUGGAGUCUUUCAAGGAAAAAGUCAAAUUCACAGAAGGACAGCUGCAGGAGAGUCAGAAGAAAGAGACACAAAUACAAGCAAAACUGAAGGAGGUGACGCUCGGUGCGGAGGGCGUGGCAGUUAGUCUGGAGCAGAGCAAGAAGAGAGAGCGAGCAGUGGAGGAAGAGAUGAGCAGACUGGCAGGGGAACGAGCGGAUGCCAUUCGUCUUCUCAAAGAACUGCAAGAACAAAAAGCUGCUCCUCUACCAGAAUGCACACAGCUUGUCACGGUUUCUCCCGUCGGACAGAGUUUCUCGUCUCAAGCCUCCUCUCAUCACACUCUCUCGUCCACGUGCACCAAGCGGCCUUCUGCCCUCCGGGCUGAGCCGAGGGGGCUGAAGCAAGAGGAAGAGGUCCAGGAAAAAGCCGCUAUUUCCAUAUCUUACCCGCCUGACAGAGAGCCUGGAGAGGGCAUUGAUUCUGAGCACAUCACUGCAGACACUGAGUGUUCCCACCGACGAGGAAACUGUGAGGAGAAGGAGUCCUGCGUAUGCAACAAUGCCCCCGGUGAGGGCGAGAAUGGCACAAUAAUUCUCGAUACUCUGAAGUCUGAGCAGACGAUACACACCGAGGACCUCCAGAGGGAGAACGGCGCAUUGCGUUUGGAGCUGCGCGACGUGCGCGAAGAACUCCAGAAACGACUGGACGACCUGGAGGUUCAGCGACGCGCCGAAGCGGAGGCCAGGACGCGUCUGAAACAGCUGAGCCGUAAACACGCCUGCCAAGGGGUGGGGAAAGAGGAGCAGGACAAGCAAUGGAAGGCUGAGUUGGAGAGGGAGAAGACCGAGAACGACAGGUUGAGGAAGACUUUGGAGGAAAGAGAGGAGCAGGACAGGACGAAGCAGACACAAGACGACCGGGAGGCAGAAAUGAUGCAACUCAACUUCCAGCUGAAGAAGCAACUUGGGGAAGUGAAACUCCAACUGGCUUUAGAACGAGACGGCAGAGAGAGAGAGAAAGAGGAGCUGACUCAAAUCACCAACGUGGAGAGAGAAGGAAAGCGAGAACUGAGCAUCAAAUUGGAAGAACUUACAGCUCAGCUUGCUGAGCUGAAGAACGCUGGAGCUCAAGAGUCUCAAUGCGAGGAGAAACCGCUAACCAACGGCCCGCUGACAUACUUGCCGCUCCACGCUGACCAGCUCAAGUCCAACGUCAUGAUCUCGGAUGAAGAAGUGCCGUCACUGGAGCAGUACGCCGUCUUCUGCCAAUCUACCAACCAGCGCAACACGCUAGUUUCCCAGCAAACGACAAUGGGGCCACAACACUCACAACUGUCACAUGAGGGACAAACGGUGCCAGUGGGCUCUGAUUUGAGAGACACCUCUUCAGAACAUCUCCAGAAGGACAAGUCUGUGUCCACCAACUUCACCAAGGAGAUUGAACGACUGAGGAGACAAAAUGCACAGGAGACGGAACGUGCUAACCAGCUCCAAGUUAAACUGACUGCCCUUCAAAACCAGUUGACCAGUCAGACCAAACAGCUGACCGUGGGCUUUGAGAAGCAGAGCCAGUACAUCUCGGGACUUCUCGCUGAAGUGGAGGAGAAGGAGGGCGCCCUCCUCAGCCAGGGAGAGGAACUGCGUCGCUGCACACGAGAGCUGGACGCACUCAAGUCCGAGAGAACGAGAGAGGAGGGAACGGGAAGAAAAAAGGGAAACAUUUGCAAGGUGGAGCAUGAAGGCCAAAUGGAGGAUGUUCUUGACUCACUGGGUUCCUUAAAUCUUAAAUCUUUCACUUCAAUUGCACUUAGCUCACAAAAUGACUCGGUUCAACAAACACACGAUCCAACUGAUGUCGGUGCGACUGAUGCUGAAAAAACAAUUCCCAAUCAGGUGGACAAUUCAGCGGUAUCGACUCAUCCACAUGGCUUGGGAGGCUCUGAUAAGACUCAAAGCAUCAAUGGCUGUGCUUUGGCAAACACCGAGGCUGUGUGCGGGCCAGAUAAGGGACAAGUACUGGUGGCUGCAUCCCGACUCGCUCCCCAGCACAAGGAUCAAGUUCUCAAACGAAGUAUGACUUGCAUCCUCUCUGAAGCAAGCAAACUGGUACCAAAGCAAGAGUUGGAACGUGACGCCCUGCCGACCGCACCCAGUGUGUCACUUGACAUCACCUCAGAGACGAGAGGAAGUGCUGAUGAGAUGAUCGACUAUCUGCAGACACAGGUGGUGGCACUGCAGAGGGAGCUACAGGAGCACUCGAAGGUGGCCCAGCAGCAGGCUGAAGAGUUGGCCAUCUGGAGAUUGGCUUCUCAACCCUCCUCCAUGUUGGAUCAGGGCCUUCCCAGCCAAGGGGCGCAAUCUGAAACGCAAACGCAGCACGGCGCUAAGGACCAGAACGCAGCGCUGGUCGUCAGAAAGGAUGUGGUGUUGCUCUCUUGCGUCUCCAACAGGCUGCAAGGUCGCAUGCUCUCCGCCAGCAUGCAGCAGCCGAACCUGCCUGAGAGGAGCAUCCAACAGCCCCCGGCUGACGUAAACGAGCCAUCAGAAAAGGAAACGCAGCCUUCAGGAACAUGUUCAAGCCCACAUAAGGAGGCUGAACAUCAAAUGGGUCAGGAACAUGUCAGCAAAUCUUCCGCACAAAAUUCUGAUGGCGACUCGAGCGGCUGGAGAGCGAUCAAAGACUUGAGCGCAAGCACCAACAUGGCCAGAAGUGUCAGCACUCAAACACGGGAGCAGUUGUGCCUCGGUGGCACUGAGGCGGCCCCUGAGCGCCACUGUGUGCACACGCAGACUGACGCUGAGACCGAGAAGAAAGAGUUAGACGACGCUUCCCCUCACAUAACUAAAACUCUGCCAUCUGCGAGACCAGCGACGGGAGACAAAAUGCUCUUUUCCUCUUCCUUCCCCAUCCCGGCUGACCCGGUGCGUCUGGCAGAACGGAUACGACGAAACAGGACGCAGCUGUCUGCCGCUUUUGACGACACUGAAUAUGAACCUUACGGUCUCCCGGAAGUUGUCAUGAAAGGUUUUGCCGACAUCCCCACUGGGCCCUCGUGCCCCUACAUUGUUAGGCGGGGCUUGUUAGGGACCGUCGUCGUCCCCGUCACUCAGAAGGAGGUCAACCCGGAGGACGAGACGGAUUGAUAGGUGACCGCAGACCCCUUCCAUGGUCACACGUGCAUACAGUGGUGGAAGUGAUCGGCAGUGAAGGACAGCCUGGGCUUUUCAGGGACAUUCUGUACGCCGGUUGUCUUCCGCACAAACCUCCACUGUGCAUCUGAUGCUUUCAUCAUCGCUAUAUUAGCCACAAAUAACUUCACGGUCAUGAUUUACUGCAUGUUUAGCAAUGCACCACAGGUCGUUAAGUGAUGAUUUGUUACUGUUUCCACACCACAACUUUUUUUUUUUCCCCGCACCAAAGAGACUAUUUAUGCUUCGUUAACUGUAUGAACUUGUGGUGUGGAGCCCUGGUGUAACAGAGUUUUAUUUGUUAUUGAUAUUAUUAUUGUUUUUUUUUUUUAAGGCCAAGGGAGCCUGUUAUAAAAUGUGACAUUUCUCCCGUUUAUUUCCUCAUUCAGCUUUAUUUAUGGACAUGUGAAUGUUUUUUAGUGAAGGGCAGGUGUUUAGGUAAACGCCUUAUGUGAAAGUGUAGCGCGUGUGUGUAGGUUAGCUAUGUUUUUAAACAUGUCUCCUUGUGGAUGGUGUGUGGGUGCGCGUGUGUGUGUGGGAGUAGUAGCGGGCCGAUCGCCGGCUAACCUGCUUUCCGCUCCAUUUAUGGUGAUGUGCAGCAAGCCAGCUCUCCUCUCGCGCUUUGCUUUUGAUGUGCUUGUUGUUCCAGAAAACCAACUCUGUUUUAUUAGCACGAGCUGCUUAAUAUAAUCAGAUAAUGUUGUGUUGGAAGGGUUUAGAUUUUGUCCAAGUUUAGGGGGCUGGCCUAAAAGACUUGAACACCACCCAAGAUUCACUGCUGUAAUUGAAGUUUAAAAAAAGGGAUUUUUUUUUUCUUUUGUAUUUAGAUUUGAAAAAGUAGAUUGGACUGUUACUACACUACACACACAUUUCUCCCUUCAUCUCUGUGGCAUGCAUAGUUAUUUAUUAGCGAUUGUGAACAUGGCAUCUGUUUGUGUAUGUUGCUAACGCUUAAUGUGAACAUAUCCCUGUUGUGUCGGCUCCAAAUUAAAAGAUUCAACGUC